ACACGCCAGUCUACAAAUUUCAUGACAGCAAAAUUGUUGCCAAGGCGACGCUUUAACUGGAGGCCUACCAACUACUAGGGGAGAAAUAGGCGCUCGUGAUGCAUUCGUGAAAACAUGCCGUAAUCGCAUCAGUCGUUACUGCCCUCUUGGCUCGCCAUUUCUCUUGAAGGAGGCUGCCUCUCGAGGCUGGAGAUUUGCUUGGACAUUUGCUUGGAGGAAAAAGACGUACAGCCCGUCCUCUUCUAGGUGAUCUAGGAGGUGUCAAUUUUCAUUCAUACUCUGUGCUGAAGAUGGAAGACUACGAAUGGAAACCGCCGUCAGAAGCGGAGCUAAAGGUUCUCGAAGCUAGGCGAGAACGAAUGGACAAGAUCAGCGGCAUCAUGGGCGAUUACCUUCUGAAAGGAUACAAGAUGCUCAGCGAGGUUUGCGAUGUCUGCAGCACCAUACUCCUCGAGGACCGCCAGCGCAGAGCGUACUGCAUCGCUUGUUCAGAGGUGGACACGAUGGAGAACUUCAAAGACAACCCGGUUCUCUCCGAUGUGGCAGCGCAGCGUCUCGUCGAGGAACGGCAGGCAAGCUCAGAGUUGACUGCCCCUUCGCGGAGCACGCUCUCAGAAGAAACGCAUAUCAACACUGCACCACCACUGAUCCCACGCAGAGCCACAACAGUCAUCUCAAGCAAUGCCUCUGUGCCCACAGCACCUGCCACCGCCGAAAACAUGACACCAUGCAUUUUAGCAUCGCGAAACACUGGCUUGUACAGGAGCCAGCAGCUGGAGAUGAACGCCUCAAUGCCUCCCGACUCGACGCAUCGAGAACAGGAAGUUGUGGCAGCCAUGCAAGCUGUUCAGGGGAAAAUGGUCUGGGCCACGCAGGAACUGAAAAUGUGCUCCAGUGUCGAGCUAUCAAUCCAGAUGUGCAACCUCAUCAAGACGUGUGCGGAGGCCAUCACAGCCUUGAAUGACUUGAGGUCUGCCGAUGCAGGGACGGAGUGCACUGCCAGGCAAGGCAGGUGUGAAUGAAAACAUUUACAGCAAAGUUUGGUCAUUUUGAAUAAAUAUGCGUGGAAAUUUUUUGUUAA